AUGCCUGGUGGUAGGUGGGAGUGUGUUGUGUGUCGUGGUGACCAUAAAUCCGGGGACACUUCUUCCUCGCCGAUGACUCAUCAUGUUUCCCCCGCUUCUCAGCGCGGUCCUUCGCCGACCUCGGUGCGAUGGGAUGCUGCGGGCGACGUGGCCGGCGGUGUUGUGUUGCCGGCGGACUCGGCGAACGUGCACAUGGGAGCGUUUCAGUUGAUAACUUCAAUAAAAUCGGAAGUUUCAGCUAUGCGAUGCGAUAUGAGAGAGCUUCGAAAUUCUGUCACCUUUUGCUCAGACAAAAUAAGUGAUUUCGAAAAUAAGUUGGCUAAACUUUAUGAAGUCCUGAAGUUGGCUAAUCAAAUUAAGAUGGAGAAUGAUCUCCUUAAAAAAGAAGUAUUCAAUCUACAGGUUAGAUUGGAUAUAAUUGAACAAAAUUCCAGAUUGAACAACAUUGAAAUUAUGGACAUACCUGAGAGAAAGAAUGAAAAUUUGAAUGAUGUUGUUAAUAAGAUUGGGGAAUGUGUUGGAGUGGUUAUUGAGCCUAAGGAAAUAUCAUCGAUCACUCGGGUACCGACGAGAAUUGUUAACAAACCCAAGAAUAUAGUGGUCAAAUUCGUCUCGAAAUCUUUAAGAGAUAAAUUUAUGUCCGCAGUUAAGGCAAAGCGUGGCGACUUGGGUGGAAGGAAUGGAUUCAAGAUCGAUGGGCUAGCGGAAAAUUUUUUUGUGAAUGAACAUCUCACUACUAGAAACAAAGUUGUUUUCAGAUCAGCUCGUGAAUUUGCCAAACGAAAAGGUUACAAAUUUGUGUGGGUCCAGAAUGGAAACAUCCUUAUUAGAAAGAACGAAACGUCUAGGAUCCUACAGAUACAAAAUGAAGCUGAUUUAAGCAGGCUUUCUCAGUAA